AUGGACUAUGAUGUGGUUGGUCUUAAGGGUUCGUUUGGUGGUUUGGGUACUCCUCUCGAAGAAUCUUCGACUCUGUACGCCAUAGAGAAUACUAUCCGGAAGUCUUCCUAUGGUUCUAGUUGUGAAGGAUUAGAACUAGGAACUGACUCUAUACUGGUUGAAGAUCAUCCUUAUGUAUGGCUGCCGAAGUUCGGUAUUCUACGUAAGGAGCUACUAGAGGGUCCAGAAUGUCAAGAUAUCCGGGGCGGUAUGUCUACGGUCCUGGGGAACUCGGAGGCGCCCGAUAUGAUGGUCACACAAGCUGAACAGGGGAAGCUUAAGGACCUUCCAAGCGAGUAUCUAUGUCCAAGGAGUAGCGAGACUACGACCUGCUUAUCUGCACUGGCCAACGCGGAUACGGUCGAUAGGUCUGGUACUAGUGAUAUGGAUGAGAAGGGUGAUAACGACGACCCGUGCAUGCUACCAUCAACUCACAAGGGUAUCGUCUGCUCCGAAGGCUUGACAUUCAGGGUGAUCUCUGACGCUGAUUGUCAAGGUUACCAACGCCCUAACCCCUUGCCCAGAUUUGGUGAGGGACGGGUAAGGUCUGAUGGCUUCCAGGGUACCAUGGAAACACUGACCUGUCUUACUGUCCGUGAUAGUAAGGCGCCCAGCACACCCCUCACUGACAGAUUACUAAUCUGA